UGUCGUAAUAUCCGGUCUAACUGACGUAUUUCCGAUUUUGUUCCCCUUGACAAAGAAAAACAAUGGCGUCCCGUAGUGAGGACAAAGCCGCUGCUACUGAAGAGGAACCGACUGAGACGUUGCCUUCCCAGAAGAGAGAGGAGAGACUCCGUAAAUUCAGAGAGUUACAUUUUAAACGGAAUGAAGCACGUAAACUGAAUCAUCAGGAGGUAGUGGAGGAGGACAAGAGACUGAAACUUCCUGCCAACUGGGAAGCUAAAAAGUCCAGACUGGAAUGGGAGCUUGCCAAAGAUGAAAAGAAAAAGGAAUGUGCUGCUCGUGGUGAGGACUACAACAUGGUGAAGCUGCUGGAAAUCACUGCUGAUGAGGCAGAGCGAUGGGAGAGGAAGAAAAAGAAGAAAAACCCAGACACAGGAUUUGCAGGUUAUGCAGAGGCCCAAUUCCGACAGUACCAGAGACUCACCAAGCAAAUCAGACCAGACUUGCAAGGCUAUGAGAAGCAAAGGGAAGAAAGCGGUGAGGACUUCUACCCUACGUCCAACAGUCUGAGCUACGGCACCCAUGUUCCCACAAAGGACGGCAUUGAGCGCAUGGUGGAGGAUGUUGAGAAACAGAUUGAGAAGCGUGCCAAGUACAGCAGGCGCAGGGCUUAUAACGACGAUGCAGACAUCGACUACAUCAACGAAAGGAACGCCAAGUUCAACAAGAAAGCGGAGCGCUUCUACGGCAAAUACACAGCAGAGAUCAAACAGAACUUGGAGAGAGGAACGGCUGUCUAGUCAGUCCAUCAUCUUAGUGAUUUACUUUGUGGAUCCUUUUACGCUGAGCUGGAUUGUAAUAAGCAUUGUAUUACAGUUUUUCAAAUAUGUUGGAUGUGAUCUGACACGCAUAUAAGAUUAUUUCAUGUCUGAUGUUUCAUUGUACAGUAUAAGAACCUACAAAAGCUAUAAUUACCCCCCUUCCCUCCCCUUUUUAAAUAAACCACUUCUAAUUAUCCAGUAA